CGCCGUCGACGACAUAAAAAUCGUGAUUUCACUAAACUCAUCUUCUUCCUCUCGACGAAAUCUGAAACAAUGGUGUUCGAAGCAUUCGAAGUCGUCACCGUACCUUUCAACACCGAUGGCUGGGGUCCUCCAGACGCCUCCGACACUUCCUCCUCCGCUUCCUCCACCAGCGUCGCGGCCGCGAAUCUCCUCCCUAACGUUCCCCUGGGCUCCUUCUCCCGCGCCGAGAAGCUAGGACGCGUCGCCGAUUGGACUCGAGCUCUCUCCAACCCCUCCGCUCGUCCCCCCACCGGAUCCAAAUCCGAUCCCUCCUCCAUCUUCGAUUUCUCCGCUUUCGCCGUGGACGAAGGCUUCGGCCUCGCAAACUCCUCCGGAAACGCCGACGAAGACGCAGCUUUCCGAUUAGUCGACGGCAAGCCACCGCCGCGUCCUCGAUUCGGACCUAAGUGGAGAUUCAACAACUUCCACAACCGCAACCAGCUCCCUCAGCGCCGCGACGAGGAGGUCGAAGCGAAGAAACGCGAAGCUGAGAAGGAUCGAGCUCGUCGCGAUCGUCUCUACAACAACAACCGUAACAACCUCCACCACCAGCGCCGCGAAGCCGCCGCGUUCAAGUCGUCGGUCGAUAUACAGCCAGAGUGGAACAUGCUCGAGCAGAUCCCAUUCUCGUCUUUCUCCAAGCUCUCGUUCACGGUCCAGGAGCCGGAGGAUCUUCUCCUGUGCGGUGGACUCGAGUCUUACGAUCGGAGUUACGAUCGCAUCACUCCCAAGGCUGAACGUCGUCUCGAGCGUUUCAAGAACCGUAGCUUCAAGGUCACAACAAGCGACGAUGACGUCAUCAGGCGUUUGGCUAAGGAGGAUAAAGCUACUGUGUUUGCAACUGACGCUAUCUUGGCUGCGCUCAUGUGCGCUCCUAGGUCGGUGUACUCGUGGGAUCUUGUUAUACAGCGCGUAGGGAACAAGCUCUUCUUCGAUAAGAGGGAUGGUUCUCCUCUGGAUCUGUUGUCCGUUCACGAGACUUCUCAGGAGCCGUUGCCUGAAGGGAAGGACGAUAUCAACUCUGCUCAUUCUCUAGGCCUUGAGGCGGCUUUCAUCAACCAGAACUUCGCUCAGCAGGUUUUGGUUAAGAACGGGAAGAGAGAAGCUUUCGAUGAGCCGAUUCCUAAUGUGAACGAAGGUGAAGAGAAUGCUUCUGUUGCUUAUAGGUACAGGAGAUGGAAGCUGGAUGAUAGUAUGUAUCUGGUUGCUAGGUGUGAGUUACAGAGCACUGUUGAUCUCAACAACCAGAAGUCGUUCCUCACUCUGAAUGCUCUUAACGAGUUUGAUCCGAAGUACUCUGGUGUUGAUUGGAGGCAGAAGCUGGAGACUCAGAGAGGUGCGGUUUUGGCUAACGAGUUGAAGAACAAUGGUAAUAAGCUGGCUAAGUGGACCGCGCAGGCUCUUUUGGCUAAUGCGGAUAUGAUGAAGAUUGGUUUUGUUUCUAGGGUUCAUCCUCGUGACCAUUUUAACCAUGUGAUACUGUCGGUUCUGGGGUAUAAGCCGAAGGAUUUCGCUGGGCAGAUCAAUCUGAAUACUUUGAACAUGUGGGGAAUUGUGAAGUCGAUUGUUGAUCUGUGUAUGAAGCUGAGUGAAGGGAAGUAUGUUCUGGUUAAGGAUCCGUCCAAGCCUCAGGUUAGGAUUUACGAGGUUCCGGCUGAUGCUUUUGAGAAUGAUUAUGUUGAAGAGCCUCUCCCUGAGGAUGAGCAGGUUCAGCCACCUGAGGAGAGUAGCACUGAAGCAGAGACUAAUGGAGCUGCAGAGGAUAAGAAACCCGAAGGUCAUGCUUGAUUAUGGUAAAUGUCAAGAGUUGUUUUGAGUUUUAUCUUUUUAAUGUUCCAAAGUAAUGCUCUUUUUGAAGAGCUAAAACGGUUAAUUUUUUGCUGGUUUAUGCUUUAUGUGAGAGAGACAUUAUUUCACUUUGUAGAAGACUGUUGCAUC